GGGACAUCAAGGACGAUGAAGCUGAUGCAGAUGUUGAUGUUGUACAUGACAUAAACUCAUCAAAUUUUGUGUUGACCGUGGAUCUCGGUCAGUUGGUUAUGGAAUCUCAUGAACCUGCAACAUAUAUUGGCACUAUACAAAAUUCACCUGCUGAUCAAUUAGAUGAAAAUUUCAUAAAUGACGACUUAGGCGAAGAAGAAGUCGAUGAAGAAGAUGAAUUGCUAGUUGAUAUUUGUGAAGAUGAUGUUAAUUUAAUUAAUGAUGAAAGUGAUAGUGAUUAUUCUACUUAGUUUUUAUAUUUUUGUAAUAAAGACAAUUGUUUAAAAUAUAAUAUAUGAGACUUGUAAUCAUGAUGUUCAUUUCCAUUGGUGAUAUUUGAUACUAACUAACAAUUUAAUACUAACUAAUCAUUUUUGUUCCUAAGUACAAUGUCAGCAGAUAUAGCCACCUCUCAUGGCGGAGAUGGUGGAGGUCUAGACCCGCCAGAUCCUAGUAGAGUACCCUCUUCCUGCGAGUCAGCUGAAGUGCCGAGAAAAAAAGGUCGUGGCCUGGCUAAUUCGAAGCCACUUGAAAUUCGAAGGCGAAAUGCUGGGAAACCACUAGAUCUUCAGCUUGAUCCUAGGACGGACAAAGUGGUUGGCUUGGAGGACCAAGCUUUUGUCCGCGAGAUAGGCCUCCAAGUCACUUUGUUGUUGCCAGGACAUUACUUGGAUUUCGCUGAUAUACCUCAACAAUUUAAGGAACAAGUCGUACAUAGGAUGAAGGUACAAAUUUAGAACAACUCUUGUGGUAUAAUUUUUAAUGUAGAAAUCAUUUACAAAUUAAACUAACAUGUUAUUUUUAAUGUAGUAUUUUUAUAAUGUUGAUGGUCAUCCAGAACCCGGGAGAGUUAUGAAAACUAUCUACACAGAGAUGCGCAAAAGAUAUUCUGAGAGAAAGAACAUCAGACAUACUCACUUCAAAAAAUAUUACUCUAAUCCGGAAGAUUUGCAGAGUGUUUUAGUUGCCCCACCUGACCAUUGCUCCAAGGAGAGUUGGAAAGAUAUUGUUCAGUUGUUUUUGAGCCCAAAAUUUAUCGCGCGAUCCAACCAAAACAAGAAAAACAGAAAAGAAAUGAAGUAUACAUCGACGCAAGGCACAAAAUCGAUGGCAGCUAAGCGUCACCAAUUUGUAAGUAAAAAUAUUAAUUUAAUUUAACAAAAUUUUACAUUCUAACUUCCUAUCUCUAAAUUUGUAUAGGCGAACCCUGAUGAACAUGUUAUUGAUACUUGGAAAGAUAGCCAUUUGAGAAAAUCGACAAAAGUUUUUGUCAACGACACAGCUCGAGAAACUUUUGAAAAAAUGACGGAAGAGCUUGAGAGGGCACGACUUCAAAGUCAGUCUCAAGGACCGACGGAGGGAUCUGAAACUGGAUCUGCUGCUGAAUCCUCGUCGAUCGAUCAGUACGAGAUUAUGAGUAAAGUACUUGGGGAGAGGUCUGACUUUCAAAGAGGAGUAGGUUACAGCAAAGGCAAAGGGAAAAAAUCAGCUUCCAGCUCCACAAGUCAGUCACAGGCCCAACCUGCUCAUACACCUCAGGAAGACAUGGCUACUAUGGCGGAAAUGAUGAAGUCAAUGCGUGAAGAGAUCCGGAUGUUGAAAUCUCAACAAGGUCCAUCUGGUAAUCCUCAGCAUACCAGUACAGAAACUGAGUCGCGGUUUGAAAGCCUUCUCCAACGAUAUUUACCAUCACAACCUGAAGGUGGUAUAUCUUCUCAAAGUCCACCUCCUUGGUCGAUGCCACAACAACAACAACAACAUGUGUAUCCACCUCAACAGAAUUAUCCAAACACGUACGGACGUUCCUCCCAGUCCCCUCCUUUAUAUUACCCCGACGUCGCUACCGGAUCUCAGACGUCACAUCCUAGGCGUCGUGACUUCGGGGAUUCAUCGCAGCAGCAGCAUCCACAGCAGAUGUAUGGUCAAUUUGUGAGUCCGUCGCAGCAGCAGAGGUAUGGUCAGUUUGAGAGUUUUUUGCAUCAGUCUCCCUCGCCGCGACCACAUGCUCGACAAUUUAGACCAUCUUCGCAGCAUCACUCUACACAAGCACCACAGUUUGCUUCACCACCAUUGCUGCGCCCUAAUACUAGUGAUCAAGAUAUUGAUCUUAAUGAGUAUUUUACACCAAGUUGGCCAGAUCAAAACAAUAAUAAUUAG